GAUCUCAUGAAUAGUCUCUGCUGUGUGUUAGCCCUCCGGCUAAUCACUAAGAGAACCCAGUAAGAUCAGUUUCGCAGUGGUUCCAGUUGCUGUUUCUAACUCUAGUCUGCAGGCAUUCACAGAUCAGUUCAUAAGAGAGAACCCUCAGAACAGGCACAAUGCUGCUGGUGAAGUGGACGGCUGGACUGAUCUUCUUCUUUGGCAUCAUCUUCUGCUCUGCAGGCCAGACCUUCAACAUCACCGUCAAGUGCAUGCAGGACACAACAGCCUUCCUGAUGGAGCUGGAGAAAGAGAACCCGGAUCAGUAUGCAGUGCAGAUGUAUGAUGCCUUUGGAAAGCUUGGCAGUGAUGUUGAGGGCGGUAAUGUGAACAGAGCUGGAUCUCUGCAGGAGUGUGUGUCUGUCAAAGGCCCUGGCUUCAAAGGACAAUACUGCCAAGUCUUCCUCAAACAGGAGGAAGUGGAGUAUUUUGUUGGGAUAUGUGUGCCAGAUUCAUGUGAUGAAGAGGAAGUGAGGACAUUUGUCGUCUAUCAGGCAUUUGACCAGGGUCACGUGUCUCUGAUUCCUCCUGUGCCGGCUCUGUUAAUAUCUGACCCCACACUGGGCAUAUUCAUGACUCAGUGUAUCAGCACCAACAUCACACCCGACCGGUCAGCUGUAAUCUGCCUCUGUGUGUGUGUCCUGAUGAUGGCUCUGCCUAUCGCUGCGUCCGUUUAUGUGGCGGCGGUCAGGCGGAGGAGCCGGAGAGAGGUCAGGCCAGGGGUCGAAUCGACACUGCUCUCAAAAACCAACCAAUAUGGAGCACUGCUGGCUAAUGGCUCGCCCAAUCAGAGCAAAGAAUGCAUUUCACUCAGAGACACUACAGCAGCACGGGACAGCAGUGAAGAGAAGGACCAGGAGGACAGAACAAUGAGUCGUAUGCUGCAGUAUGUGCAGUGUUUUUCAGUGCAGGUCAGCAGUGUUGGUGUGUUUAACACUGAGAAUAUUGGACGCAGUUACUCCUCUCUGAACGGGAUCCGUAUCCUCAGCCUGCUAUGGAUCAUCUGCGGUCACACUGUCCAGCUCAGCGCCUGGAGCAGCCUUGAUAACGAUAAGCGAUGGAGACAAGCUGUCCAGAGCAGCCCUCUCUAUGUGUUCGCCUUCAGUGGGCCGGUUUACCUGGCUGUGGACACUUUCCUGUUGCUUGGUGGUCUCCUGAGUGCUAAGUCUCUACUCACCUCCAUCCAGAGGUCAGAAAACACACUCAGCCUCCGUCUGGUUGGACACUUCCUUUUUAAGAGGUUCAAAAGGAUCCAGCCCCUGCACCUCUUCAUCGUAUGUCUGAUCAUCUCAGUCUUCUCGCUGCUUCAGAGAGGAGUUUUCUGGUUUAUGGCUGAGGAUGAAAUCCUCAACUGUAAGAAGUACUGGUGGUCCAACCUGCUGCUCAUCAACAACCUCUUCACCAUCACUGAUAUAUGUGCUCCUUGGACCUGGUAUCUCUCCAUUGAUUUCCAGUUCUACAUGACUACACCUUUGCUCAUUUUUCUCUACAGACUGAAUAAAUUUGUGCUACUUGCUGUGGCGAUGACUCUGCUGAUCCUGUCGAGCUUGGCUGGUGCUUUAAUCACUGCAUAUCUGCACCUGCCUGUACAUCAGCCCACCACACUAGCAUAUGAGAGCUACUUUCAAUAUUACUACAACAAACCCUACACCAGAUACGGCCCAUAUCUCCUGGGCAUCCUUGCUGGACUUUACAUGGCAAACAAGAAAGAAGCUUUGUUAAAAAAGCAGUGGCAUGCAGUUGCUGGUUGGUUAAUUUCUCUGUCAGUCAUGGCUUCGCUGGUGGCUUUGGCUUAUGUGCUGCGAGAAGUUCCAGCUCAGGCAUCGCUCACCCAUGCAGUUUAUCAGGGGCUCCAUCGCUCACUGUGGGCUCUGGCUGUGAUCUGGAUCAUCCUGGCUUGUGAGGAGGGCUAUGGCGGGUUUGUAAAUAGGAUAUUGUCUCUAAAUGUGUGGAUCCCUCUGUCCAACAUCAGUUUUGCCUGUUAUCUGAUCCACCCUAUCCUCAUUUUACUCUACAACGGCAAGCAGGAGACCCCAAUCCACUACACUGACCUUAACUUUUUGUACCUGUUCCUGGGCCACGUGGUGCUAACCGUAGUGCUGGGAUUUGCUCUGACUGUGCUGAUUGAGAAGCCUUUUCUAUUUCUGAGAAAAGCUAAAGGAUAAGCAUGCACUCAUUUUAGCAUAGUGUCAAAUGUGAUAUAAUUAUAACUUAUUUAAAAAUAAACAGUACCAGUCAAACGCUUGGACACAUUUUAAAUUUAGUGUUUUAUUAUGAAGAAAAACAUAUGAAAUUAUUUAGUAAAGUAAAAGUGUUUCUUCUUGCUUAGAUGAAAGCUUUGCACAUCUUCAGCUUUAUGAGGUAGAGUCACCUGGAAUUCAAGCUUUCAGUUAACAGCUGUGCUGAACUCAUCAAGAGUUAAUUACUUGAUAUAAUGUGUUUGAGAGCAUUAGUUGUAAAGUAGUGAAGUGGUAGAGUUGGUACACAGUGAAUAGCCUUAUCUGUGUAAUGUUUUAAUCCAUAUUAUGGCAAGAAUAAGGAUGGAUAAGAACCCAGCUAAAAGCUUCACAUAGCAUUUUUGUUUGUUUAACACUUUUAAGUUACUGCAUGAUUCCUGAUGUGUUCCUGUUUGUUUCAUAGUCUGGAGGAUUUUAGUAUUCAUUUACAAUGGAAAAAAUAUAUUGAAUGAGAAGGUGUGUCCAAAUUGUAUAUAGCUAAAAUAUAUGUUCCAGUUUAUGAGACAAAAUAAACAAAACUGGAAAUUGGGAAAAUAUAUUUCCUGUACAUAUUUAGUGACCUAUACCAAUACAUUAUAAUAGUGCAGUUAAAAUAAUUUUGUUAAUAAAGUUAUUUGUUGGAUAAUAACGGUAUCUAAUAGAGAAUGAUGUUAUUUGUUGGAUAAUUAUAGUAUUUUGGGAAACACUUUAAAAU